AUGUCUGAAGCCAAGACCUUCAAAGUCCGGGUGACUUUUGCUAUUAUUCUGAUAGGUGUUGCUUUGAUGUUUACCGCAGUGGUGACGGAUCACUGGGCUGUGCUGAGUCCCAAGGUGGAGGAAUACAACACUACCUGUGAGGCAGCUCACUUUGGGUUAUGGCGGAUCUGUAUAAAACGGAUCUUCAUGGAAGAAAACAAGAUGGACAAGGAACAGGGUUGUGGGCCAAUAAGCCUGCCAGGAGAACACAACUGUUCCUAUUUCACACACUUUGUCUCAGGAGAAAGCACCGAGAUAUUUCAAGUAUCAACACAACGAGAAUACAGCAUUUCUGCAGCUGCCAUUGCCAUCUUCAGCGUGGGCUUUUCCAUCAUCGGAACCAUUUGUGUCCUCUUAUCCUUCCGGAAGAAGAUGGAUUACCUCUUGAGGCCAGCUGCCAUGUUCUAUACGUUUUCAGGCCUGUGUAUCAUCAUAUCUGUGGAGGUUAUGAGGCAAUCAGUCAAAAAGAUGAUUGCCAGCGACGAGACAGACUGGAUAGAUUACCACUACUCCUGGUCCUUCGCCUGUGCCUGUGCCUCUUUCGUCUUGCUGUUCCUCUGCGGAGUGGCACUCCUGCUGAUCUCCUUGCCCCGCAUGCCACAGAACCCGUGGGAGACUUGCAUGGAUGCCGAGCCAGAGCAUUAA